CGCCGAGCGCGGUGUGCGUGGCGGGGCCGUGCGGGGGGUGGCCGUGUGCGAGGCGCGAAUGUGAGCGCGCGCGGGAGACGAGCGGGCGAGCGGGCUCCGGGAGGCGAGCGGAGCCCGCGGGCGAACAGGGAAGGCGGCAGGGACCCAAAGUUGCCUCCUCGCGGGCCCGCGUCCCCGGAGGGGCGGGAGCCGGGGCCAGCCGAGCGGCGGCGGGGGACCCGGGCCCCGGCGGCACCUGGGCAGCGGACCCGCACGAGCGGCAGCGGCGGGGGCGGCGUUGGCGGCGGCGGCGGCGCGCGGGAAGCGAACCGAAGCUCCGGCGCGGCUCGGCGAGCGCUGGAGAGCUCCGCUCAGGUGCGCGGCGAGAGGGGCGCGGGCCAGGGCCGGGCUGCUGGGACCGGAGCCGCGCCCGCGCUCGCACUAACUGGAGGAUCUCCGCUGCAGGCGCCCGGGUCCCAGGUCCAGCUCGCCGUCCCGGGAGGCAGCCCCGGCCCGGGUCCCCCGCCCCUGGGAGCUGGCUAGGCAGCCGGGCCCCAGGCACGACCGCCCCGGCCGCCCCGCCCUCCUGCCGCCGGCGCCCGCCCCAGGCCCAGGAUUUCUGAUUUCUAAGGCUUUGGCCCCGCGGCUGGGGCAUCCCUCCGGGCUCAAGUUGCAAGGGGGCGGGCCCGGCCGGAGGUGGAGUCUCCCGCCAAGUGAAGCCUCGGCUAUAAAUCGAGCUCCCUGCACAGCUCCAGCCAGAUGCCGGGCCAGGCCGCCCCGCCGUUGUUGGGGGGAGAGGGUGGAGGGUCCCAGGGGGCUUGGGGGGCCGUGGCUACCAUGCUCCGCUCCCUCUUGCUUCACGCCCUGAGGCUCUGCGCCCAGACCGCCUCGUGCCUCACGCUCUUCCCGCGCUUCCUCUGCACGGCCUUCAUGCUCUGGCUCCUCGACUUCCUGUGCAUCCGCAAGCAUUUUCUGGGCCGGAGGCGCCGGGGUCGGCCCCAACCUGAAGUGGAGCUCAACAGUGACGAGGAGGAGGUGCCCCCCGACGACCCGCCCAUCUGCGUGUCCGACGACAACCGCCUGUGCACCAUGGCGUCGCUGAAGGCGGUGUGGCACGGCCAAAAGCUGGAUCUCUUCAAGCAGGCGCACGAGGGCGGCCCCGCGCCCAACUCCCAGGUGGUCCUGCCCGAAGGCUUCCAGUACCAGCACAUCCUUGACUACGCGCGAGGGGACCGGCCGCUGGUGCUCAAUUUCGGCAGCUGCACCUGACCACCGUUCAUGGCGCGAAUGAGCGCCUUCCGGCGCCUGGUCACCAAGUACCAGCGCCACGUGGACUUUCUCAUCAUCUACAUCGAGGAGGCGCACCCCUCGGACGGCUGGGUCACCACUGACACCCCCUACAUCAUCCCACAGCACCGGAGCCUGGACGACCGGGUCAGCGCUGCGCGGGUUCUGCAGCAGGGGGUGCCCGGCUGCGCUCUGGUCCUCGACACCAUGACCAACUCCAGCAGCUCAGCCUAUGGCGCCUACUUCGAGCGCCUCUACGUCGUCCAGAGCGGCAUCAUCAUGUACCAGGGCGGCCGCGGCCCUGACGGCUACCAGGUCUCGGAGCUGCGCACCUGGUUGGAGCGCUAUGAUGAGCAGCUGCACAGCGCUCUGCCCCGGCCAGUGUAGGCCGCCGAGGGGCCCUGGACUGAACUUGGAGGGCCCCGCCUUCGAGCCUUCGAAGCCCACGUGCACACAAGGUCCCAACCCAAGUCCGGUUUGGCGAGGGCCCAGUGACCAGCUGUGCUGAGCCACAGGUCGCAGGCUGGGUCUGCACCCUCCACCAGGCCACCUGAAGACUCCCCACCCCCCUCCUCUGCUUCUGUGACUGUCCCUGCCUGGCUGGGUCUCAGGCCCCUUCUGAGUGUGGAUGUGGUGCUACCCUUUGCUGCUGCCCCUGGACUUGUCCCACAGAGACCCCUGCUGUGUUCUCGAACCCCCUCCCCAGAGGAGAGCGCCAAGCCUUUGCCAGGGUCCCUGGCCUCUGCAAAGAGACUCUGGCUGCGUCCUGUCACCUGCACGCAGCUGGGCUCAGCAGUGUGCGAAGCCCACCCUGGUUGCCCGGCACCACACCUGCCGCUUGGGGAGGGGUGCCCCCUGUUUUGUGUCUGUUUCGUGUCCGUGAGGUGGGGGAGGGGGGUGGGCAGGGUUGUUUCCCCCCCUUAGUUGGGGUGCUCUGGAGCCCUGCUGCUGAUGAUGAGCUGCCUCUAACUGGUCUUGACCACGAGCUGCUUCUGAAUUGCAGGGGGGCUCCUAGGGGCGCCUAAACCCAGCGGGGGGAAGAGCCCUGGGCUUCCGAGAGGAA